AUGGUUCGAGAUAUCACCCCCCAUAUUUCCCAUGAAGAGACGGACUCGCCUGUUCAGUACCGGUUCAAUGCUAUGGAGCCUCUGAACCAGUUGCAAAACCUUCCCCCCGUGGUCUUUCCUCAAUCUGCAGAGAUCGAUUCCAAUAUUCCUCCAACCACCUCCAAACAGCGUCGUCGCGCUUCCAGUCUGGAUGGAUCGCUCGAUCGCGAUGAACACUUGUGUGAGAAAAUCGCCAAAAAUCUCCAAAAAGGGCAAUCUCUGAGGACGGGGACAGAAGGAACAAAAGAGUCGGUCUUCUACCUGGCCUACGGAUCCAACCUAGCGGCCAAAACCUUUCUCGGCAAGCGUGGCAUUAAACCGCUCUCGCAAAUAAUCGUUCUUGUACCGAGCCUGCGGUUAUUGUUUAAUCUCCCGGGUGUUCCGUACGCUGAACCCUGUUUCGCAGCCACACAAUUCCGGGAUCCCGACUCUUUGCAAGAUCAAGAAGAUGACUCCGAAUAUGACUCAGUGUCCAGUGUGGACGGAGAAUACCUGCCAGAAAAGACACCGCUUGUACGUGAAACGAGAGAGCUUCCAACGGGCUCUCACGCCCAUCGCUGGAAUAAACCACUAGUCGGAGUGGUUUACGAGGUAACUCUAUCCGACUACGCAAAAAUCAUUGCUACGGAGGGAGGCGGCGGCGGUUACCGGGAUAUCGUGGUGGAUUGUCACGCUUUCCCCGAUGACUACAGGUCUACCGACCCCGUACCUAGUCAUCCAGAAACUCCUUCUUUCAAAGCGCAUACUCUCCUCUCGCCCCAAAACGAGGAGGAUGAGAGCGGCAGUGCGCUAGUGCCACCAGCCUCGUGCUCCAAGCCCUCGCUAUUAACAAUCGGCCGACAUAUGCGUCCCAAUCUUAAUCACGCUCAGCCUUCUGCUCGCUACCUCGAUCUAAUCACCACGGGUGCGAGGGAACAUAAUCUUCCAGUAUCUUAUCAAGAAUAUCUUGCCGGGUUCCAUUCUUAUCAGAUUACAACGUUCCGACAAAAGGUCGGGAAAGUGCUUAUCCUGCUCUUGUUCGGCCCCAUUAUUCUCGCUCUCUUCGCGCUCUGCAAGAAGCUUGCGGGUCCUGAUGGCCGCAGUCCGUCGUGGCUGCUGUCUUUGUUGAAUUUGGUAUUUGCGACUAUGUGGAAGAGUUAUGAUUAUUUUUUCAAGAAUGUGUUUGGAGAUGGCGAGCGGACACUGGAUAGUUGA